UAUUUAGCAGACAGGAAGUUAUAACUAUGCGUUUGGUACUGAUUGUGAUCUACCUGAUACUUAUAAUGCCCAUCACCGGCCUGUGGAGAGCCGAAGGUAGCAACGUGCUGCUCGAUCCCGAACGGGUCUGCGAAAGCAAGCACCGGAAAUCGCGACGACUUUCGGGAAAGUUGGCUGACAUCUGCAAGAACGACACAUCGCUGAUGCACGAGAUCCACCGGGGCAUCAGCUUGGGGUUUCGGGAAUGCGAGAACCAAUUCCGGCACAACAUGUGGAACUGCUCCUGGACCAUCAAACGCAGCAUGCGCCGAAUUCUGGCCAAAGAUACGCGCGAGACAGCGUUCGUGCACGCGAUCACCGCCGCCGGUAUAACGUACGCGGUAACGAAGGCCUGCACGAUGGGCGACCUGCUGGAGUGCUCCUGCCAGAAGCACUCGAAGAAGGAGCAUUCCACGUACACGAUACACGCCGACCAGGACGACAAGUGGAAGUGGGGCGGUUGCGACGAUAAUGUGAAUUUCGGUGUCCGAAAAUCGAAAGACUUCCUGGACGCCCGGUUGCGCAAGAAGAGCGACAUUAAGACGCUCGUCCGGCUGCACAACAAUGGCGCGGGACGAUUGGCCGUGAAGCAGUUUAUGCGCAUGGAGUGUAAAUGUCACGGGCUGUCCGGAUCGUGCACGACCAAGACCUGCUGGAUGAAGUUGCCCCCGUUCUCGGAGGUGGGCGCCCGGCUGAAGGAACACUUUGACGGUGCGACGAAGGUGAUUGCCAGCAACGAUGGGCACAGCUUCAUGCCGGACGAUGCGACCAUCAAGAAGCCGACGAAGGGCGAUCUCGUCUACACGGAGGAUUCGGAUGACUUCUGCGAGCCGAACGCGAAGACGGGUUCGCUCGGGACGCACGGCCGGGAGUGCAACAUCACCUCGAGCGGGGUCGAUGGGUGUAGCCUGAUGUGUUGCAAACGGGGCCAGUCCCACAGCCGGGUGGAGGUGAAACGCAACUGUCACUGCAGCUUCAAAUGGUGCUGCGAGGUUACGUGCAGCACCUGCAUCGACAAUCAGGAUGUGUACACCUGCAAAUGACGUGGAGUGGCUGGGUGAUUUGGUGUAACAGCAGU